AUGAACGGACCAAGUUUUUGGGGCCUUAUCAAUCCACAAUGGAAUAUGUGCAAUAAAGGGCGACGCCAAUCCCCCAUAGACGUAGUGCCCGACAAAUUACUCUUCGAUCCGUACCUGCGGCCGUUACACAUCGACAAGCACAAGGUUUCCGGUACACUACACAACACAGGUCAAUCGCUCGUCUUCCGCGUCGACAAGGACACAAAGCAACCGGUUAACAUCACCGGUGGCCCACUCGCCUAUCGCUAUCAAUUCGAAGAGAUUUACAUACACUAUGGCACAGAGAACAGUCGGGGGUCAGAGCACUAUAUACAGGGUUACAGUUUCCCCGGUGAGAUACAAAUUUACGGCUUCAACAAGGAACUCUACCACAACAUGUCCGAGGCGCAACACAAAUCGCAGGGUAUUGUGGGCCUCUCGCUGAUGGUGCAAAUUGGGGAGACACCAAAUCCCGAACUACGAAUUAUUACCACCACAUUUAAUAAGGUUUUGUAUAGAGGCUUUUCCACGCCCAUUCGGCACAUAUCAGUGCGUUCACUGUUGCCAAAUACAGAUAAUUACAUUACCUACGAGGGAUCCACAACGCAUCCCGGCUGCUGGGAGAGCACCGUAUGGAUUAUUAUAAAUAAGCCCAUCUAUAUCACAAAACAAGAGUUGGUAGGAUUAUGCCAAAACCAAAUAAUGCCAACAAAAAACGAAAAACCUAUAACUCGUAUGGAAGCUAAAAAUAAAAAUAAAAACAUUAUAUUUGCAUAG